AUAAACACACAUAUAAAGUCUUGCACUGUAACACAGCGGUCAGCAGUGAGAAGUACCUUGGACAAUGGCUUCAUACACGUUACCGGAGGGAUUCAGCGAUUUUGACAUGUUCGCCUUCGGCUCCGCGCUGCUGGUGGGCGGUCUUCUUGGUUUCUUCCUUAACUUUAUCUCGAUCAUGGCGUUCCUCAGAAUCCGGGAGAUGCAGACGCCCAAUAACUUCUUCGUCUUUAACCUGGCUGUGGCCGAUCUGAGCCUCAACAUUAACGGUUUAGUGGCUGCUUACGCCAGUUACCUGAGAUACUGGCCGUUUGGGUCGGAGGGCUGCCAGAUUCACGCUUUUCAGGGAAUGGUGUCGAUCCUCGCCGCCGUCUGUUUUCUGGCUGCCAUUGCUUGGGACAGAUAUCAUCAGUACUGUACUAAGCAGAAGAUGUUCUGGAGCACAUCUGUGACCAUCAGCACCAUCAUCUGGAUCCUGGCUGUGUUCUGGGCGGUUCUGCCGCUGCCGGCCAUUGGUUGGGGCGUCUUUGACUUUGAGCCGAUGAAAACAUGCUGUACGCUCGACUACACGCAAGGAGACCGGAGUUACAUCACCUACAUGCUGUCCAUCACUGUACUGUAUUUAGCAUUCCCUGUUAUGGUUUUGCAGUCGUCCUACAAUGCCAUCUAUGCUUAUUUCAAAAAGACACACCACUUUAAGUUUAACACAGGUAUACCUCUGAAAGCGCUGCUGUUCUGCUGGGGUCCGUAUGUUCUGAUGUGCACAUACGCCUGCUUCGAGAACGUUAAUCUGGUUUCCCCAAAGAUCAGAAUGGUCCUUCCGGUGCUGGCCAAGACGUCUCCGAUCUUCCACGCCAUCCUGUACGCGUUCGGGAAUGAGUUCUUCCGUGCAGGAGUCUGGCAGUUCCUCACCGGGCAGAAAUCUGGAGACAAAAAGAAAUAGUGAAAGAGCUUUAGCCAUGUAAUGUUGUAUUCAGAUGAGUCUUCAAGAGUUUACACGUGAUGUGACUGUAAUUCACUGUAUAUGUCAAAUCAAUGCCAACACAUUUGGAGAUAUUUGUCCAGAAUUUCACUGAAUGAUUAUAGAAGACUGACAUAUGAAGCCUAUUUCAGUUUCCUGCAAUGUGAGAGAUCACUUACACAGUUCAUUCAGCACACAAUCAUUAACCAUUUCAUUGUUCUUGCCUUACUGUUUCUGUUGAUCAGUGCAUGAGAAUCCACUAUUCAUGUGUAAAUCUGUAAGUAACCAAAACUUGAAACCAGUGAAUGAAGGUUUCAAUUCAGGAUUAGAAAUUCUCCAGGGUUUUGUAAUCUGCAGUAAUUCCUCUGCACAAGGAGCUGCUCUCAUAUCAGUAGAUUUGGGUUUCUGACGUGUGUUGAAGACCAAAGAGGAUCAGGAGAGCAUUACUGCAGCCAGUCACGGGGCAGCUCUCGGACCCACAGACAGACAAACUCUGAAACUACUCUGUUCCUCAGAAACACACCAGAGCAGAGCUGAAGAGGAUAGUCUGUUCGUUCUUUCAUUCAUUCACCAUGAGCUUUUUCCCUCUAUUGUCUUUCUUACUCUUUUAAUGCAAGUUAACUGUAUGUAUUGACGUCUAUAUGUUCACAGUCCUCCAGACUUCCUGGAAUCAGGUGUUUUUAGCA